GCUAACUCGGAGUCAGAGUCAUGGUGGGAGAUUAGUUUUGAUUCAAAAUCCCGUCUCUCUCAUUUUCUGUCUCACUCACAAGAAAGCAAACUUCACAGCCAAAAAUAGCUUCUUAAUUUCUCCAUUGUUUACCCUAAAACAAACUGCUAAAUUCCUCCUUUGUCCUUAUAUUAUAACCGGGAAAGAGAGAAUUUCGUUGGAUAAUUUCCACUUCUUUUUACCUGAUAUUUUAUUUUUUCCUCGAGUUCUUUCUUAGGCGGAGAAUUAGUAUUGAAAAUGGAAAGAAAUUUCUUGGGCUUUACUGUGAAACAAGGGACUCCUGAUGACACUACUGAUCCAGGUCCGGCAAGAAGUUUAGCAAUGCAGUGGUCAUUCUCGAGCAAGGUUUCUGCUCCACAGGUCUUAUCUUUUCAAGGAACUCCAGAAAACAAGUUGAAAACUGGUUUUGAUUCACUCUCGUCAACUCGAUUGGUGACCAUUACAACUGCUGAUGCUACCGACUCUAGUCUCAAACCAUACUCUGGUGUUGUGCAGGAAAAUGUUAUUCCUGAAAAGCAAGGUGGACUUUAUACAAUGGCAACCUAUCCCGGGCAGCACUUAUUUGCACAUACAAUUACAUCAGCCGCUAGCAAUCCUGUUCACCAGUCUGUCAUUUCGACUGCUCGACAGAAUCUGAUUGGUACUGCAAUCCUGCAGCCUCCUUUGGAAAAUUCAAUACAAAAUCCCGUCCACUUUGUUCCCUCAGGCAGUUCUGUAGUGGGUACCACUGAUUUAAGGAAUGCUUCGACACCCUCAGGGACCCCCUCUCAGCUCACCAUCUUUUAUGCGGGUUCCGUGUGUGUUUAUGAGAAUGUUAAUCCGGAGAAGGCUCAGGCUAUUAUGUUAUUGGCUGGUAAUGGGCUUCCGACAACUGCUACCACACCGUUCCCGACAACUCCACUUCAAGCAUUGAUGCCCAGGUCGUUCAGUACUAACGGUUUUGUUGAUAGUCAGCCUUAUGGCACAUUACGUCGUUCAACGCCUAUACCACUAACCACUGUUAGUGCUUCUAAAUCUCCCAGAGCUUCUGGUAGUGACAAUAACAUUAUGGUUGUAGAACCGAUAAGAUCUGUACCGGCUACCUUCCUUUCACCAGAUGCUGUGCCACAGGCUCGUAGGAAGUCUUUGGCUCGGUUUUUGGAGAAGCGCAAAGUAAGGGUAAACAACACGUCACCUUACUUCAACAAAGAAUCUCCUGAAGCCACUCCUGGAUCUGGUAGUACAAGCUCCUCUGUGAGUCCUUUGUGAUCUUGUCCAUCAAUUAAUGAUGAAUGAACCAAGUUCUGGGGUGACUGGAAGGCUGUUUUCGAUUGUCAUCAUCUUUAUGAUUAUAGCCGGUUUUUGGUGUGUUGUGAUCCUGAUUAUUGCUGUAGUCAUUUUCCAUUAUAACUAGAAAAUAUGAAUUUUACUUUUAAAAGUUUGGCAGAAUUCUACAUUAAUUAUUGUUACGUGUAUAGUGCUUGUUUAGGAAAAACUCGAUCUCGGACGACUUUUGAAGUAAAAGAAAUGAAAAAUGAAAGAAAAGAACA